AUGAACUGCAUUCUGAAUAGUUUUAAUUGUAUCUUUAUCAUAUUAUCUAUAAACUUUUGUCAAACAAAUAAAUAUUUCCCAAAACGUUUGAUAACAAACAGUUCAAAUACUCAUGAUGAAUCAAUCAGCAAUUAUAUAUCGGAGACAAAAGAUUCAAAUUAUAAUUCUCUUGCCGUUCAUCAAUGUCCUAUAAAUUGUUUUAUAGAACACGAAUCUCAGGAUAUGCUCAACUGUAUUCCAGACGAAGCAAGUACGAAGUCAUCAAAACUAAAAUUAAUAUCUUGUGAACGAAAUACAGAAACUGGUGAACUUGUUCUAGGACAUAAAGAAUCUGUUCGAGGAAUUGUACCCGGUGCAUUAGGUCAUUUAGUGCCAACAUCACCAACAACGAGUAAACAGUUAUCCCGUAGUGGUCAAUUAGAAAUUCAUAUCAAUUUGAAUAUGGUCAGAAUGGAUGCAAGAUGUUUUCAAGGUCUAGGCGGAUUGAUUACUAAUGUACGACUAUUGAAUACGGUGUAUAUGCAUCCAGAUAGUUUAAUCGACCUACAGCAUUUACGAUCGUUUGAAAUUGAAAGUGGCCAAACACCAUUACAUUUGUCAGAUGAUUACGUGAAGAAUGGAAAAGAUUCUCAAUCCGAUGUAGAAAAACCAAUGGAACAAACUAACAAACCCGCAUUUAUUCGUCUAAACCCUCUAGAUAAUACGAUACCGAUAAGUUUUAAUUUAAAUACAAAGUGUCAUAGAUGUGCACUAGUUGACGACAAUCAUAUCAGUAAUAAUAAUGCUAUAGAUGAUAGUCUGCCAACAAAGACGGAUAAUUUAGUUAUUGUAGUAUUUACAAAUAAACGUGAUCUAUUAACAUCACAACAUAAUUCACUUAAGUUAAGUAUGAUAUUCCCAUAUACUUGUCCAGUAAUCAAAAAUGGGAUCGGUUGUUUAGGAUCAUCUAAUUCAAUUACAAACAAUCAAGAGAACUCAAGUGAAAUUAGCUUAAUUUCAAAUGAUUUCAAAUCAGAAUCAGAAUCACAAUUGGAAUCCUCAUUAUUAAACAUUUCAGUUAUUGAACAAUUGAAAACAAUGACAUAUAUACAAACGGAAAGUAACCACACUCUAUCCCUCUCAAUUUUAUUAAUAAUAUGGUGUACAAUUAUUACAAUUAGUUUUAUCAUAGUUAUAUUAAUUGUCUUGUAUUGCUCAAGAAAACGUUUCAUUAAAAUUCCAUUAUCAACAAGAGUUACACAAAUAACACCAUUUCGUCUAUUCCAAGUCUGCGGUCAGCAAAAUGCUUCAAUUGAUGAUGAUGAUGAAGGGAAUGGUACUUACAAUGGUAAUAAUGAUGGUGAUAUGGAAGAAAUCAGUUCGAAUUCAGUUUCUAGCGGAUUUUUUGCACAGCAACCUAAAACAUAUAUAGCUAGCGAAAGAAAUGAAUUACUCCCACAUACAAACGAUGACAUGAAUAAUUUCGUUAUUAACAGUAAAAAUACUCAAAGUGGUAUGAGUGAUACACGUAGUUCAUGGAGCAGUUUACAAAUAAUGAACAAUCCUCCUAUCGAUGCCAGGCCUGUACAAUGUCGAUGUAGUAUUAUAAAUCUUAAAGAUUUGAAACCGACCAGUUCAAACAAGUAUGGCACUGUAUAUAAUAUUCUUCAGUUAAAUAAGCAUAGCAAUCAACGAUAUUCUGAAAAACCAAAUAACCAUUAUAUUUACAAAAAAUCACAUUUAUCCAAAAGACGAAGUAUUGGCAGUCAGACAGAUUUUACUGAUAUUGAAUCAGACAAUCCAGAGGCAUAUUGUACUUUAGACAGAUAUGUAAUGCAAAGGCGUAAGCGAUACCCAUAUACCACUACUAAUAAUAAUAUUAAUGAUCACUAUUUAUCAAAACGCACAGCCAGUAACCAAUUUUUGCCUUUUUUUCGAAAUAAUUUAAACCAAAUGGACGGAAUAGUGAUUACCAAACCAAGUAUUUAUUCAAAUAAUUUAUUUAGUCAUAGUAGUAUUACAAUGAAUAAUAAUUCUAGUAUAAAUGAUGACAAUAACAACAGUGAUCACAGGAGGACUCAUAUAAAUUCUAACGAUACCUCAAUCGCCAAACGGUCAAAUAAUAAUGGCACAGAUCUAUUCAUUUUAAUGAUUGAUGACAAAUCUAAAUCAGCACGUAAUCUACCUCAAACAAAUCCCAAUUAUAAACUUACGAACUUAUUGAAUAAACGAAGUGAAUACAUGAAAGGUGACUUGGAUUAUCAUGAAGGUUUCAAUGGUUCAGUAAUCUAUUCAGGAGACUGAUCAUAGGUGUUUAACCAUAGGAGAUGCUUUUAUUUUCUCUUCCAAGAAAAAAAUAUUCUACAACUAUCCGUACAUAUGUUCACUCUGUUCUUCUUCUUCUAAAUUAAAUCAGGUGACAUUUGUAGCAAUAUACAAUUCCAUA